AUGCUGGACAAGAUGCUUGAGGACAAUCAAAGGCGUGUAGAAGAGUCUCAGAGAAGAGAAGCUUUGGAGCAGCAGCGUAAAGACGAAGAACGACAGCGGGAGUUGGAGCUGAUUCAAAGACAAAAAGAAGAGGCUGCUCGAGAGAGAAACUUGAAGAAAAGAAAUGGGGUUGUCAAGCAUGGUCUUGGGCAUGAUAUUUGCUCUGUGAUGCCACAGCUUGAAGAUUGGAGAGAAUUUGUUCUAUUUUGUUUGUUGAAAUCGUUGUUAUGGAACCAAACAGGUUAUAUACCCUUGCAUUGA